AUGAGAGUAGCUCAAGCUCGUCAAGAACAAGAAAGGGAUGCAGCGAUAGCUACGACAGUGGUAGCGACAUUAGCUAACCUCGACGGAAGGCAACCAAAGGAAGAGGUCUCUGCAGCACCAGUAUCAGAACAAUUGCCAAGGCCGGCAAUGCCAGCAACAGACCCUGACAGUAUUCAACAGUGGAUGACCCGAUUCUAUAAACACAACCCGCCGUCAUUUGAUGGGACAUUUGAUGUUCAAGUGGCAGAAGAGUGGAUUAAUCACCUAGAGAAGAUCUUCAAGGUGCUGUACUGCUUAUUAGAGCGAAAAGCCCAGAUGGCGAUAUAUAAGCUGGAGAAAGAUGCCGAUCGCUGGUGGAAGAAUACUGAAAUUCUUCUCGAUACUCGAAACACAACGGUGACUUGGGAAGUGUUUCUGGAGCAGUUUUAUGAGAAGUACUUUUUGAGAUCUGUCCGAGAUGAGAGAGAAGUGGAAUUUCUGACUUUGAAGCAAAGGGAUGAUGAGCCUUUUGAUGAAUACUUGUUUAAGUUCAUCCGUCUCUCUCAUUAUUCAAGCUAUCUCUGA